AUGCAGCCAACUUUCAUAGUUGCCUUAUUUUUAUUGAGCUGGACAUAUUGUUCAGCUUUCCCCCUAUCCUAUGAUGAUGAUGACGACGAUGAUGAUGAUCUGUCAGAAGAGAACCUCCAUUUUGCAGAGAAUUAUUUGAAGACAUACUACAACCUUUAUUCUAACCCUGCUGGUAUACUUAUGAAAAAGGCAUCUGGCACCACAGCAGAAAGACUAAGAGAAAUGCAGUCAUUCUUUGGCUUGAAAGUGACUGGCAAACUGGAUGAUGACACUUUAGAUGUGAUGAAAAAGCCAAGAUGUGGGGUCCCUGAUGUGGGAGAAUACAACUUUUUUCCUCGAACUCUCAAGUGGCCUAGGUUUAAUUUAACCUACAGGAUCCUGAAUUACACUCCAGACAUGACCCAAGCAGAAGUAGACAAGGCAAUAAGGAAAGCACUGAAGGUCUGGUCUGAUGUGACACCUCUCAACUUUACCAGGCUUCACAAUGGCACUGCUGAUAUCAUGAUCUCCUUUGGAAUAAAAGAACAUGGAGACUUCUACCCCUUUGAUGGACCUUCUGGACUUCUGGCUCAUGCAUUUCCUCCUGGACCCAACUAUGGAGGGGAUGCUCAUUUUGAUGAUGAUGAGAUUUGGACAAAUAGUGCCAAAGGAUAUAACUUGUUUCUUGUUGCUGCCCAUGAAUUUGGCCACUCCUUAGGCUUGGACCACUCCAAGGAUCCUGGAGCACUUAUGUUUCCUAUCUACACCUAUACUGGCAAAAGUGGCUUCAUGCUUCCUGAUGAUGAUGUCCAAGGGAUCCAAGCUCUUUAUGGUCCCGGAGAUGAAGAUCCUGACCCUAAACAUCCCAAGACCCCAGACAAAUGUGAUCCUGCCUUGUCACUGGAUGCUGUCACUAGCCUACGAGGAGAAACAAUAAUCUUUAAAGACAGAUUCUUCUGGCGUCUGCAUCCACAGAUGGUUGAACCAGAGCUCUUUUUAACUAAAUCAUUUUGGCCUGAACUUCCAAAUAGCAUUGAUGCUGCAUAUGAGAACCCUGCUCAUGACUUAAUAUUCAUCUUUAGAGGCAGAAAAGUAUGGGCCCUGAAUGGCUAUGAGAUACUGAAGGAUUACCCAAAGAAAAUCUCUGAACUAGGGUUCCCAAAAGAGGUAAAGAGGAUAGAUGCUGCAGUUCAUAUUGAAGCUACACACAGAACUCUCUUCUUCACUGGAGAUCAUUUUUGGAGUUAUGAUGAAACUAACCAUACAAUGAAUGAAGGCUAUCCCAGAUUGCUCGAGGAAGAAUUCCCAGGAAUUGGAAAUAGAGUAGAUGCAGUAUAUGAAAAAAAUGGUUAUAUAUACUUCUUUAGUGGAGUCUUGCAAUUUGAGUACAGCAUCUGGAGUCAACGCAUUGUUCGAGUUAUGCCAACCAAUUCCCUCUUGUGGUGUUGA